GUGAGUUUUGAAUAAUGAUAAGCGUAUAUCUGAUUAUGACUAUCAUGCUACUUUCAUUUUGAUGAUUGGAGCAGUCUUCAGAAACCAGUAUGGAGGGAACCCAAGUGCAUGACUCUGUUAAGGACUAUUAUGGGAAAAGACUUAAAACAGCCGAUGACCUACAAACCCAGGCCUGUGUGACGGUGGGGAAAGUGGUGACCAAACCGGUGAGGGAGGCGGUAGCUGCUGUACACGAUGAAGUGGCUUCCAAGUACUAUGGUUGUGGAUUGGUGAUCCCAGAGAAGCUGGAGGGAAUGAACAUUCUGGAUCUCGGCAGUGGCAGUGGGCGGGACUGUUUUGCUUUGAGUAAGCUGGUUGGUCCAAAAGGUCAUGUGACUGGAAUUGACAUGACAGACGAGCAGAUAGCAGUUUCCAGGAAGUACAUUGAUUACCAUACUGAGAAGUUUGGAUACAAAGAACCCAACACCGAUUUUGUACAGGGGUACAUUGAGAAAUUAAGGGAGGCCGGCCUAAAGGAAAAUUACUAUGACAUCAUCAUUUCAAACUGUGUGAUCAACCUGUCCCCUGACAAGAGAGCCGUCCUGAAGGAAGCCUACAGUGUGAUGAAGGAAGGUGGAGAAUUUUAUUUUAGCGACAUUUACGCAGACAGAGAGCUAGAUGACUCAGUCAGAAAGGAUGAAAUCUUAUGGGGAGAGUGUAUCUCUGGAGCCCUCUACUGGAAGGAACUGUUUACGCUGGCGGCUGAGAUCGGCUUCAGUCGUCCUUUCCUGGUAUCAGCUGCACCCGUCCCCAUAGACAGAGAGGACUUCAAGAAAAUCUUAGGUGAGGCCAGGUUUGUAUCUGUGACAUACCGACUCUUCAAACUCCCUCCUGGCGCCAAAAUAGAGCCACUGCAGGUCAUGUAUAAUGGGGAGAUAACUGGGUAUGAAAAGGAGUUCAAAUUUGACCAUCAACAUGUAUUCAAGAAGGAUGAUGUUGUCAUGGUAACGGGACCAGUGGCCGCAUCAUUGAAAUGUUCCCGUUUCUCUGACGAGUUUGAGUAUCAGCCAGCCCCCAAGACAUCCUGUGGAUCUCCGUGCAACGGGUCUACUUGUGAUAAGGUUGAGUUUGAGGACCCCUUUGAAUACCUGGAGAACCUUGCCAAGGCUGGUCAGAAAGUGGAGGCCUCAUGUUGUGGGGGUUCCACCAAGUGUUGCUGAUAUUCCUUCCCCAUUUGUGUGGGGGUGGUGUCAACUAAGUAUUGAUGUCCCUUCUUCUGAAUUCCAGCUGUGUCUUUUCUAAAGACCUAGCUCUAAUAGAUGUGCUAGAUAUCAUUUUAAAAUAUAAAAAAAAAUACAAAUCUUUCCCAACACAAUUUUUCAGUUAUAUAUCAAAAAACAAAAAAAAAACAAAAACCCAUUUACUGGGUUUGGUUGAAAAGUUGUUUUAGAUUUCAGCACUUAUUUCUAGGGAAUUAUUGUCAUAAUUUCACUAAAUGUAUUUACAUUUAAAUGUAUAUUAAACGUACAAUAAUGUAUAUAUUGGUAUACUCUAAAUAUUACUAUAAUAUUGGUAUCUAUCAGAAUAUAAAUUAAUAGUCUUGUACACUGUAUGUACAUAAACAACAUUGUUAUAUCCAGAUGUUAGUGAUGAUCCAUUUGUAUAAACUCAAGCAUAUCAUUAUACCACAACUAAUGCAAGAAAUCAAGGCAUAUACCUGAUCGAUUUCAUUAAUAAUUCAUUCCAUUUAUUAUUUUCCUGUUUACGUAGCUAAAUGUCUUUAUUUGAUAAAUGCUGCCAAAUUAUGAAAUAAUUCAUCAAAGCCAUACCUGUACAAUGUAUUUUAGAAACGUUUUUGUUAGAACGCUAAAAAUUGGUGUUAGAAAAUAUCAGUCGGCACAAGAUAUAUUCGUCUUUGUCUCUGGAAGUACAUGUUCUUUGAAGUUAAAUUUUCAUUGAAAAUAAAAUAAGAUGCAUGUAUACUUUUAUUUAAGACAAUUAAUUUUAUGUCGUUGCACUUGUAAAACGAAUUUAUUUUGCAUGUACAUAUAGAACUGAAAAGACAAACUGGCUCUGGUACAUUGAUGUCACAUUUCCCACAUUAAGUCUGCAGCAGCGCAGUUCUUGACAGCUGUCCUAAUAACGAUCAAAAAAGGCAAUGCUCUGUUCUUGCUUGUGCAAUUUGCGUUCAACACAACGUAUAAAACCUUAUAGUUUUUGUUUUUUUUGUCUUUUGACAACACUUGCAGUUUUGGCUAGUCUUCUGUGAGUUCAAAAGAUGUUCACAUUUUUUUGUCAAUGUAUGUAAAAUAUGGCCCGAUAUCCCCUUUAAAGAAAAUUGGUGUCCACUUUCUUGAACUAAUUUGAUUAUGAAUAAUUAGGACAGGUCAGCAGAUGUUAUCAUUCAAACCAUUGAAAGUAAUUAACCUGCUUCUGAAAUAUUAGAAUAAAACGAAUUUAAGGUUCAUAUACAUGUUAUUUUGGUGCUUUAGUUUUAUCAAUGUUAAAGUAUUGAUUAGCGGUACAUAAUUAUGCUAAUAUGUUUGACGUUUUCAAUAAAUAAGAUAGAUUAAAAUAAAGUGGAUUUUUUUUUCAUUUAAAGAUGGCAGCAUUAUUGCCUUUCGGCUUGUCAGCAAUAAGAU